GCGGCGCGCACCAGUCAACCCGGAGCCACGGUAGCGCAAGUACUGUGUUCGUCACGUUCAAGGGACAGUUACAUCAGAAACGGCACGGCUCUUUUUACCGGUCUUUAAAUAACGUUCGUGUGCAAAGUGUGAGAUUCGCGUCGCGCGACUGACCCGAUGUAACCGCACGCGGCCACGCGUCCCGUUCGUUCCCGUGCGUUGGAGAACGUGCAACCCCGGCGAUUUUUCUUUCCUUUCCUCUUCUUUUUUUUUUUUCGUCUUUUUUUCUCUCAGUCCUCGCGUAGUAUGUCGAAGUAGCAGUAUAUCGAAUACGAUCGAAUCGAGUGCUUUAAAACAUCGUGCCUACGCGUGCAUACACACGAUGCACGCAUAGAUAUAUAUCGUAGUAGAGUAACGUUGGAUUAAGGAAAAGUAAGAAUUUCGAAUGUAGACGUACGUACAAGGAGUCUAACGAGAGGGAAAAAAAAAAGAGGGGUAUAAGGGGGUUGGUUGGAGAUCCGCGAGUGGUGAGUGACACGGGAUAUACGCGUACACCGUAUCUAUAAAUUGGACGACGGCGACACAAGGGGGUUGAAGCGGAAAUCGGCGAAGUGGAUCGUGGAGAACCGAUGGCACGCGAGACAACGGAGUCAUCCCCUUUGUCGGCUCGGUUCGAUCGCGUUCUCAGCGAUCCUCGUGCGUGGAAAGUCGCUGGGAUGGGGUCGUGACUGUCCGCGAGUGUCAGUCGACGCCCCGGUCGCAACACGACGACAACCAUCGUCGAGCAUCGUCGGUCAGAGGGAAGAAAGAAGAUCGUUGGCGGAUCCUUUCGGGAAGCGUAACGAACGGUUACACUAGCCCCGUUAUCGGACACAGUGCGACUCGCCGCGAGUGGCGGGGGAAAAAAAAAGUAUCGACGUUUCUCAGCGCGGAGAGAGAGAGAGAGAGAGAGAGAAAGAAAGAAAGAGAAUACUCUCUCACCCCCUUCGUCGCGAAAAGCGUGUGUAGUUCCCGGUGUAUCCCCGUGGCCGGUUCACCAGUGAAAGUGAACGAUGCGUCGAGACACACAUCGGCCUCGACACACACACCGCUAUUGUGACAGGGUUGCAUUUCUGUGAUAACGCGGCGUCGCCGCUCAUCGACAACCUGGUGAUUUUUUUUUACCAUCGACAAAAAGUAUCGGGAAGUCUGCUAUCGGACGUCGUCUCCUCUGGAGGACAGCUCGUGUACAAGUGAUCGACGAUCUUGGAAGGUGAGAGAGAAAGAGAAGAGGCCCCGUGGCGCCAUGUCACGCGAGGUGCCGGCAACGAAAGCGACGAGGAAAGCAAGGGACGAGACGAUCGUAACGUCGACGAUCACGACGUGCAGCAGUCGUGCGCUCGGUGGUGUGCUUCGACUUGGCGGCGAUUAAGGCUGGCCGGCUGGUCGCGGCAGGACGUUCAUUAGCCAAGGUGCUGACGAUACUAAUAACAGUAGAAAGGUGAUACGCGGUAAACCGUGUCACGCAGUGGCGUAGGGCGAGUCGGGGUGGCGUGGCGGAGGCGGAAGAGGAGGUGGAGACGGAAGUGGACGAUGACGAUGGACACGGUGUUGACGUAAUACCGGUGAAAAAGAGGGAGAGAGGACGCGCGUUGCGUUGUUUGCACGCUUGGAAUCGGUUCGUCAUACCGGUAUAGUGUGAUACAUCUCUCUGUAGUACAUACACCAAUAUAUAUAUAUAGAUAUACACGCGCGUAUACAAAUACGUAUAGUAACAGUGUUUUUACAUCUCCGACGAGGGAGAAAGAGGGUGCAAAAGAAGAAGAAAAAAAAAAAAAAAAAAAAAAAAAAAAAAAAAAAAAGAAACGGGUUUCAGUGCCGUUCGUCGUAAGUGCGUAAGGAAUAAUAUAUCGAGCUUAAUAAGUAAUCAGUAGGCAAGUAGGGAAGAGAGAAAAGUGUCGCUAGGAGACAUAGUUUUGUUAACGAUCAUCGAUUCGACAAUAUAUUCAGCAUCGAGAGCAGUCGAGAAACCUUGAAGAGGGGAGUGAAGUAACACGACAGUAGAAACACGACACGUUCGAUCGUACGAAGUGAAUGAAAUUCGUGUCCAAGUUCCGGGGAAAGAUCGUUGGUGGUGCACAUAGUACAACAACGUGUUACGAUAAUACACAGAGAAAGAGAGAGAGAGAGAGAGAGAGAGAGAGAGAGAAAGAGAGAGUAAUCAAGGAAACGACAGUCGACUGUACUACUGUACUACUGGUAGAGAAGAUAAUCGAGUGACAGGUGGUGAGCCAGGAGAGCAUUAGAUAGUAAGCAUUGGAAGUGGAAUAACAGCUGGGAAGGGCAGCCGUCUGGCUGGACGAAGAGACGUGCUCUCUCGCGGGUGGCGUCGCGGAGCCGCCGCAGCGGAUGUUACGCCGGGCUUGUAAAGGGUGCCGGGUGACCUACGGGAGUAGCAGCCUGGAAGUGACUAAAGGCCAUCACCACGGCGUUCAACAUGUUCGAGAUGUGGAGCGCGGUGAGUUCCAAGUUGGAACACUCCGCGACCUCCUCGGGCUCGCCGUUACCUCUGACCUCGCACGCACCGCAGACGCCCCAUACCUCGUCCGGGAGCAUAAAAGCCCAGAUCGAGAUAAUCCCGUGCAAGGUGUGCGGCGACAAGAGCAGCGGCGUUCAUUAUGGCGUGAUCACCUGCGAGGGCUGCAAAGGCUUCUUCAGGCGGUCGCAGUCGUCGGUCGUCAACUAUCAAUGCCCGCGGAACAAGAAUUGCGUGGUCGACCGUGUAAACAGAAACCGGUGCCAGUACUGUCGGUUGCAAAAGUGCCUACGCCUCGGCAUGUCUAGAGAUGCCGUUAAAUUCGGGCGCAUGUCGAAGAAACAGAGGGAGAAGGUCGAGGACGAAGUCAGGUUCCACAAGGCACAAAUGAGAGCGGCCUCCGAGACGGCGCCCGAUAGCAGUGUGUUUGAACAUCAGACCCCGAGCAGUUCGGAUCAACAUCACCCUUUUAAUGGCGGGUACACGUACGGCGGCAGUGAAUACGCUUCUCCCGGUCCCGGCACGGGUGGAUCGGGUUAUUACAAUCAUCAAGCGAUGACGAACUACGAGCUUAGCGCCGACUAUGUCGACAGCACGACGACCUACGAUCCGCGACCGACGCAGACACAGGUCGCGGACACUGUCGCCCCUGAUACGCCCUCCGCUGUCACCGCGACUGGGGUACUUCCCAGCGUGGUCACCACCGGGAAGUCGCUGUCUGCCUCGACGACCGGAAGCAGCACGGCUGGUAGUGGUGGAGGCAGUAGCGGCGGCGGAGGCGGUGGGGGCGGUGGUGGCGGUGGUAACGGUGGUGGAUCCGGUGGUGGUGGUGGCUCGGGUGGUGGAGGGAGCGGUUCUGGCACCGGCGGUGGCGCGGCUGCCGGUGGCGGCGGCGGCGGCGGUGCCGGUUCCCUCAGCGGGGGUGGAAUCGUUGCUGUGAAGCAAGAGACCACCGUCGAACUGGCCAGCUUGGGCCACGGCUCGUACACGAUGGUCGACUCGACGACCUUUCUGAGCGGUCAGCAACAGAGGGUCAGCAAUCCAUCCGAGGACGACGAAGUGCCGAGUCUGCCCAGUAUGUCCCAUGCGAGAUAUCCGGCACAGAUCAGCGAGCUGCUCUCAAAAACGAUAGCGGAUGCACACGCAAGAACGUGUCUGCUGUCGACGGAACAGAUUCAGGAGUCCUUCCGGAAGCCGCACGACCUGUCCAGAUUGAUCUACUACAAGAAUAUGGCGCACGAGCAACUCUGGCUCGAGUGCGCCCAAAAACUAACCACCGUUAUCCAGCAGAUCAUCGAGUUCGCCAAGAUGGUUCCUGGAUUCAUGAAGCUCUCGCAGGACGACCAGAUUGUUCUACUAAAGGCUGGUUCCUUCGAGUUGGCUGUGCUACGUAUGAGCAGGUACCUCGAUCUCCAGCAGAACUGUGUCCUCUACGGUGACACCAUGUUACCGCAGGAUGCGUUUUACACGACAGACACGGCGGAAAUGAAGCUUGUUUCUUGCGUGUUUGAGUUGGCCAGGAGUAUUGCUGAAUUGAAGCUGACGGAAACAGAGCUGGCUCUUUACAGUGCGGCGGUUCUCCUUAGCCCCGAUCGGCCGGGGCUGAAAGGGCUCGCGGAAAUCACGAGACUGUCGCAGGCGGUGAUCAGGGCGCUCAGGUCGGAGCUGGAUCGUAACCACGUGUCGCCCAUAAAGGGCGACGUGACGGUGUGCGACGCGAUCCUCGCCAAGAUCCCACAGCUUCGCGAGAUCUCUCUGUUGCACAUGGACGCCUUGGCCAAGUUCAAACGGUCGCAGCCGCACCUCGAGUUCCCGGCCCUUCACAAAGAGCUUUUCAGCGUCGACAGCUGAACGAUCGACGCGGCGCAGAGCGUCCCGACGCUGACGAACAAAGCGGUACGCGAGUAGCGCCGGGCCUUGCUCUGUCAAGGUGAGUUGACACCACCGUCCGGAAAACGAAAACAAAAAAAGAAAAAAAAAAGAGGAACGGAGAAAAGAAAUGAAUUAAAAAAAAAAAAAAAGAAAAAAAAUAACAUUUUCGGGAGGACACGAGGAAGAAGGCGACCGCGUAUCGACGACGACGACGACGACGACGACGACACGUUGCUGCGUGGUUAAGUAUCGAAGCUACCUAGGAAGUGUCGCUCUGAUUACCGCUCGGAUGCGUGUUCUUUUUUGGAGCCGAGAGCUUGUUGCGCGGUCGUUCGAAGGGCUGGAAGGAACGUACCGCGAGUAACGAGAGACCUCGACGUUUCUUUUCUCUUCUCUUUUUCUUGCUCGUUACUUGGAUUUUUGGUUUUCAGCUCGUUCGUCUAAAAAGUACAAUGGAAAUUUCCGAGUCUAACGGUGGUUACCUCUCUUCUUCUUGUUUUUAAUCGCACUUUGUGUUCACGUUUGAUCUCGUAGUUUCAUGCGGGGAAGAUGUUUGAAGAAACGACGGAAACGAAAUGGAAACUGUUGACUAUACGUGUGUCUAUAUGUUUUCUGUAAAUGUAUUUAAUUUUAACUCUCGUUGACUCUUUGUGAUUUUAUCAAAACGACCAGAGAUAUCGUUGCGUGUGAAGAGAUUUAUAUAUAAUAGAAAGUAUACAGGAGAAAAUGUUGUCUCUACCGCGCUCGCUACUUUCGCGAACACCGAUCUUCUUUCGAGCCCUUCGAUUCAACUCUGACGUGAAAGUGAAGAUCCUCGGACCGAGUCGAGCGAUCGAAUUGCGAUUCGAAGUCGAACGAAUGGUUGUUAGACGACACGCAGUAAUUGCGCGUAAAAAUUCUCUUUCUUGAUCUCGUUUUUAUUGACGAAAGCUGUGUAUGACGAUGAUAGAUCAGGGCCAUUUCGUAACCGAGAUAAUGGAACAACUUUAAUCUUAUCUGUAAGACCUGCGCAACCCGAUUUCACGAUUGCCCAAACAACCGACUUCGUUUAGAGCUUCGUUUGUGCCUCGGAUCUUGAAUUUUUACACGCAGAAGAGAGAGCGGGGCCCGGCUUUAAGAGAGCUGUCGACGAUUUCGAGCGGGAAACAAGUAACUUGCAAGUUAGCUUGCGAUCAUUGUAAGUUUCUUCGUUAAUUUUUCUAUAUUUUUAUUCGUCGUUAUAAGAAGGGGGGGGGGGGGGGGAGUGAGAGAGAGCAAGAGCAGGCAAAAAAAGAGAAAAGAAAAAGAACUUGUAUUUUUUUUAUCAGAAACUGCGUAGAAUCGUUUACGAUUAUUAUUAGAUUAUUAUUUUAUUAUUAUUAUAACUUUUAUUAUUACUGUUACGGCCACCAUUGCUGCUAUUACUAUUAUUAUUGCGAUUAUUAAUAUUUCUUUUUACUUUGUUUUUAUCAUCUCUCGUUCUUCGCAUUCGCUUUUGUUCCCUUUCUUUCGACAUGUACAAAACUGACAAGGCCCCCUUCUUCUAUUCUUCUUUUUCUUCCUCUUUCUCUUUCUCUGUCUCCUCCCAAAAUUAUUAUUAAUAAUUAUUAUUAAUCAGUCGUACUCGUUAAGUGAAAGUUACCUCGGUGUUUCUGAAAAAAAAAUACAGAGUUCGCGGGCCGAAAAUCGAUUUGCGAAACGCGAACAUAGACAGAGUCUACCGGGUUAUUUUUUCUCUCUCUCUCUCUCUCUCUCUCUCUCUCUCUACGCGUCUCUUCGACCGCGCGUUCUGGGUUUUUCUCUCGAAGUUACAAUCCACGGACGCGAAUUAAUUUAUUCUCAGCUUAUCACGUUCUCACACGUACGGAACGUUAAACGGUACUUUUUUCUUGAUUUUUUUUUCCUUCUCAAUUGUUAUUAUACGAAAUCGACACGUUAUUGUGUAAAGCAAACGAAUUUCGAAUUUAUACACAAGUUCAAACGUCUCAUCCCGGGACGAUUUUGUAAGAAAUAAUAAAGUAUUAUAAGCGAUUUAAUCGUUCACGUGAUGUGCUUUUUCUAACCUGUGAAAGUCUGUGUAAUUAUUCUAGAAACAUAAGUGUCUCUCUCACAUCGACAUUUUUUCGUCACGUUUGCGUUCCAAGAGCAAUUUAAUUGCUCUUCGUCGUAGGUUCGUUCCAGAAUCGAUACGAAUCGUGAUGCGUGUUAACCGUAACUAACGACGCAAACCUCGCGUCAACGUGCAUUUUGUACAUAUUGUAUCUUUUUGUUUGUUUCAUCGGGUUUUCCGCAAAAAAAAAACCCGGUAGGCUACUAGCGAUCGCCAAAACUCGGAAUCGAGUUUCGAGCUUUCUGAGCGCGCGAGUCGAAAGUUACUUGUUUCUGAUCUACAGCGAUCCUUCCUAGGGAGCGUCGAGACACGAUGGCGUUACAAAAACGUACUUUGGAUCGUAGAAGAAACAGCGUGAAAGGAAAACGUAGGGAAACGCACGUGUCGAGGCAAUCGGAACUAGUAGAUAACGACUCUCGCGGCAUUAAUUUUUCACGAAAAGAAAAGGACGAAAUUUAAAUGAAAUUAGUCGACUAUCAACAGUUCCAUCGCCUAUAUAAUUCGUGCGAAUGAAAUUCGACGGAACGAUCAAAUUUUCACGAAAGGAAGAUGGAUUCCUGAACUGUUACUCGUCCAAAAUGAAUAAAUACUUGUUUUCAUGAGUUAUUUUUUACAUUUAAUAAAUUUCUGCCAGAUGUAACUCUCUCUUCUUUUUUUUUUUUUUUUGUUCUUUAAACGAGGAGAAAACCAACGGCUACAAAUAAUUAAUUCAAUUUGGACAGAGAAUAUUAAUCAUAAAGAAUAAUUCGUAUGAGACGCAAAGCAAAGGAGAGCGGUCGUCCUGCUCAGUCUGACCAUGCCGGGACACAUCUACUUGCGUUCUUUUAGCCUCGGUAGAAGUCGUCGCGUUCGAGGUUGGGCCGCCACGAGAAUGGGAAAAAGGAGAUUAAAAGCAAAAANAAAAAAAAAAAA